AGAUAUGGAAGCAGAACGAUAACAGCAAUUUGUGGUCGCUGACAAUCUUUAGGCGUUUCCGCAAGCGUCACGUAAGCCGCUUGGAGAUAUCCGGCGCGCUUUGAACAACGCAGGUGCAUGGGGACUUAGAACAGUUGAGAAACUAGGAACAGCCGUGACGGCGCGGGAAAAUGCCCGUAACUAAAGGACGACCGCGCGAAAUGUCGCCGCUCUUCCGCGGUUCCUUCGUCCUCCGCCUCAUCGUCCUCGUUUCGCACAGCAUCUAGCUUCGAAGAUCGUGUUAAGAUGGUUCGCUAAGAGGCACCCGUUAUAAGCAGAACCGUUAUACGCAGACGACUAGACAAAAUGUCCCCACUCUUCCAUUACUCCUUCGUGCUCUGCCUCCUCGUCCUCGUCUCGCACAACAUCUGGCACCGGCGAUCGCUCUCGAACCUCCCCAACCCCGCCCUCCCCUCGAUAAUACCGACCCCUUUUAAGUCACUCUUCCCGUCAGUCUCGCUCAAUGGAAUCACGUUUCUGUCUAAGGAGUGCCAGAGCCUCACCCAGUUACCCUAUCAGGCCGCCAACAAUCCCCAAGCCCUCUUCACCCCACACGGCAUGCCGACCUUCGUCUUCGCCUCCUCCCAUCGCCUUCAUGCAUCCGCCUUUGCAAUUGUGGGGCUGGGAGCACGAGCAGCGAGGUACCUGUGGGGGAGCAGAGAGGAGACGUGCCUCUGGAUCUCACUGGAUGGACCCAGGGCUAUUCCAGGAACUCUGAUCUACUACUUUCCAGAGGACACCACUGGGCUUAAGGUGGACGGGUUACCACCUAAAGACCCCAGCAGACUGUUGCUGUACGAGACUGUGAUUGUGCAGUGCGUGCUCAAUGCACCCACUCCUGCUGACGCUGGUGGGUCUCUGUUCCUCACUAUUCACGGUGACGAGGUGCUUAUAAGGAGGGAGGAUAUUCCGGAAAGGAGGAAUGGGUCUGCUGGUCUCCUGGCUCUCGACCCUCCUACGCCUCUCCCCCACUGGCUCACAGUCUGCACCCAACUCAUCACCCAACCAGUGCGAGUGGAGCGAGUGCUAGAGCAGAUCCAGCUCUUCGCGUACUAUGGAGCUGAUAGCUUCCUUAUCUAUGACGGGGGGGGCGUGGACGACAUGUUGAGGCAUGCUCUAAGGCCGUACAUCACAGCAGGGAUAGUCAAGAUCGUGCCGCUUAUGGGGUUGUCGCACCUUUCAGCUCACCUGGACGUGCUUAUAACGAACGACUGCCUCUACCGCACGCGCUUCACCUCUCGUUGGGCCAUCUUUGUCUCGUUAGAGGAGCUCCCGUUUGUGUUCAAUGGCCGCCUGUCGCUGCGCAUGGCUCUAGAGGACAACGAGGACGCCCCCUGGAUAUCUCUGGGGUCGUACGAGUGGAGCAUCAAGCUGUGCGCCCCACCUAGUGCCCCUGCUGGAGAAGAGUGGCUGGCCCAGCAGAUGGUCUACCGCAUGCCCACUCCCACCUGCUCCCACCCCACAACAAACGCCUCAGCUGCAGACCACUGCCUGGGUGCUGCUGGUUACCGUCGGUUACUGUUCAACCCCAGGCGAGUGGAGGUGUUACAGCCGCAUGCUGCUGUAAAGCCUAAUAAUGAAGGCGUGGAUAUAUCUGCGAGGAAGAUCAAUAUUAAUCGAUAUAAGGGCAUAACCACACCAGCAGCACUGGUGUGCGACCGAAUCGUUCCACAUGUGUUGGACCCAGAAGGCUUCAUUCCAAACCCAGAGCAGAAGAUAUUUCUGAUAAGAGACUUGAUCACCAGUGGCCGAGCCUCUGGAGCAGUCUCUUUGCUCCAAGCUUAAAAUUCGACACUAGGCACCCAACCCAAGGAAAAGGGGUUGAGAGCACCAGGUAAAGCACCUGGGAAAAUGGGUGGGUCGGGGGUGGGGCCUGGGCCGAGGGUGGUUGGUUGGGGAAGUGGGAUAUUGGAAAUUUAAUAUCCAAAUGUAUACGAUACCCACUGAAGCGAGUUGAUACUGUGCAAUCAAGGCACCCCACUUGCUUGACUUAGGGGCUCUUCAUCUGGUUUCGUAAGGCAAGCUCCAAAUGACUUUUCUUGUUUGUUCAGGGGGCUCUAGUUUGUUUUGUUAUGAUUGAAUACCGUUCUUUCGUACA